GGCGGCGGCGGCGCUGCAUCCGCCGCCGGCCAGUACAGGGUGUGCGGCAAUUGCCGGAAGGUGCCGAGACAGGAAAAAAGAGUCCAAGUCUCUCCACCAUUAACAAGAGGACCAAGUGCCUUUAUACCUGAGAAUGAGGUGAUGCAAGCGAAUGGUUUGGAUGAACGUACUAAUCUUCUUGUGGAAGAAUACUCUACAUCUGGCCGCCUGGACAACAUCACACAGGUCAUGAGUAUCCACACGCAGUACCUGGAGUCUUUCCUCCGCAGCCAGUUCUACAUGCUGCGCAUGGAUGGGCCCCUUCCUUUGCCAUACAGGCACUACAUUGCUAUAAUGGCCGCUGCCAGACAUCAGUGUUCCUACCUAAUAAAUAUGCAUGUUGAUGAGUUUUUGAAGACUGGUGGGAUUGCAGAAUGGUUGAACGGUUUAGAAUACAUUCCCCAAAGGCUGAAAAAUCUGAACGAAAUAAACAAACUCCUUGCACACCGGCCCUGGCUGAUCACGAAAGAGCACAUUCAGAAACUUGUCAAGACUGGGGAAAACAAUUGGUCUCUUCCUGAACUGGUGCAUGCUGUUGUCCUGUUGGCACAUUAUCAUGCCUUGGCAAGUUUUGUAUUUGGUAGUGGCAUUAAUCCAGAGAGAGAUCCGGAUACAUCUAAUGGAGUCAGACUUAUAGCAGUCAACAACUUCUGUGUCUGUGAUCUUGCCAAUGACAACAACAUAGAAAAUGCAUCCCUCACAAGUAGCAACUUUGGGAUUGCAGAUUCCUUAAGUGAGCUGGAGGCCUUGAUGGAGAGGAUGAAGAGGCUGCAAGAAGAUAAAGAGGAUGAAGAAGCCUCUCAGGAAGAAAUGGACACUCGCUUUGAGAAGGAGAAGAAGGAGAGUCUGCUAGUAAUUAGUGGAGCAUUUGAUGAUGAAAUGGUUUCUACAGAUGUCUCCCGCUACGUUGAAGAUCCUGGGUUUGGGUACAAAGACUUUGCACGGCGAGGAGAAGACCAUCUGCCAACAUUCAGAGCUCAGGACUAUACUUGGGAAAAUCAUGGCUUUUCCCUCGUGAACAGGCUUUAUUCUGACAUCGGGCAUCUCCUCGAUGAAAAGUUCCGGAUGGUGUAUAACCUCACAUAUAACACUAUGGCAACACAUGAAGAUGUUGAUACAACUACAUUAAGAAGAGCUUUAUUUAACUAUGUCCACUGUAUGUAUGGAAUCAGGUAUGAUGACUAUGAUUAUGGAGAAGUUAAUCAGCUACUUGAACGCAGCCUGAAGGUUUACAUAAAGACAGUGACCUGCUACCCAGAGAGAACUACCAAGCGCAUGUACGACAGUUACUGGCGUCAGUUCAAGCACUCGGAGAAGGUUCACGUCAAUCUACUUCUAAUGGAAGCUCGUAUGCAAGCAGAACUUCUGUACGCCCUUCGUGCCAUAACUCGUCACUUAACCUGAAGCAUUCACUGGGAGGGAGUAAAGGAAUUUUUACUGAGUACGUAAAGACCUUUUGAAAUAGAUACACACCAGAAGCUGUUUGUGAUGUAGCAUCAGGUUAUUCGAUUCUAUAGUGUCAAAGUUAAGCCGUGUUUCUUGACGGCUGUAAUGUGCAAUGACGUGUUUUAUUUUCUUGAUGCUUAACAUUACUAAUGAUAACAAAAGUAACACUGAGGAGCACUACUCUGCAUUGUUUCCGGUUGGAUUUCUGCACGGUGGUCAGAAUCCUAAAACUCUUUUUAUUAUAUUCAAUUCUAGCGCUUUGUUCUUUAAGCAAGGGAGUGAAGUGCUUAGAGACUUCUUUUCCGAGCAAUCAUUUUUCAGUUUAGUGGAGUCCAGCAGAAGAUUGGUUCUGCCUGUUCUGAGAGCGUGCCACCAGCUCAUAACUCUGACAGAGAUGCACGUGCUGUGUUGCAUUGAAUUGCCCACUGGAUUCUUCUGUGUCUCCUGGAGACUGCCUGCCAGUCACUGUCUUACUACAGCAAUUGAAGGUGAUGUGAAAUGUGGAUGCAAACCUUGACCACGCUUUAAUGUGAAAUUAAUCAUGACAAAUUCUACAGCAUGCUACUGAAGUGCAAAAGUCAUCUGCUUUAUCGUGUCUCUUCCCAAGAGGAGAGCCCUCAAAAUUUGCCAUUUCAGCUACACUUACUGUGUUUGAAUCAUGCCUAAUCUUGUUUUACUGACAGCCACCCUCAGUUGUCUUUACAAUGUCCAUGCUCAUCACACGUUGCAGUUUGUUGAGUUGGCACCUAUAAAGCUGAUACAGGCUGACCAAAAAUAGGGUUGUGGGGUUCUUGCACUCUCUUCUUUCUCAAUGUUUUAAAUAAGGAAAGUAAAGGAAGGCUAGCGUAUCUGUUCUGUCGUAUUGGAUGUAUAGGAAUUUAUUUCCCAUAACUUCUUCAUAGCAUGAAAUGUUCAAAGCUUAAAAAGUUUCUAUGCAUUAGUGUGGGUGAACAAAAGAAAAGUGCAAUAUUAAAAAAAGCAAGCUUUUUUCCCUAUCAUGUCACUGCUAAAGUGUCCUUCUUCUAUAGCCAUAAAGAAAUUGUAAAACCAAAUUUCUUUAUUGUCUAAGGCCUAGCAGUUUUGUUUUAGCUUUUGUGGCUUAAGACAACCUGAUACUGAGAUGCCAAAGCAUCCCCAAAACAAAGCAUUCUUAGACAACUGGUAAUAUUGGGGAAGGGAAGAAAUAAGCUGCCAAAAAUGUCACACUUUUGUGCUGUUUUCUGUUGCUUUUGACUAGUUUUAAGAGCACAAAAUGCUGAUAUUUAUAGCUUUAUUUUGUAUUGCAUUUAAUGAACCAGUGAAGUGCCUAAAGAGAUGCUUAAGCUUACCCAGUAGGAUGUAAGUUGUCACUGCAUAAACUUUUCUCUCAGUUUGGACUUUCCGUAGUACUUAGAGGAGAGUGACCUUUCUUUCCAUUGCAUACACGCAGAGCUCACUGGAUAGAUUUACUUUUAGUAUUCCGUGGUAUUUUAGGAGAUAAUACAGGAUUUCUAUCUGUUGAUGACAGAAUAGUUUCUGAAGAAUGAUAAUAUUACUGGUGCAGUCAUACUUUUCAUUGAGAAAAUCGUGGACCAGUGUGCAUCUGAAAUGGGUUUGCUUCCCUUUUCCCGAGGCAGUGCCGUGACUUCGCAUGUCGGUUUCCCCGCUCUGUCCAUCUGCUCCAGCUGGGAAGGCUGAAUGAUUGUACACUUGGCUGCACUUUCCAGCUGCAGGUCCUGCAUGUGGAAAGCUUUUGAGGAAGAAAUCAGUAAUUUUUCUUUCUUUUCUGAAAUGUAAUGUUGGCUAUUUAGACAGCUAUCUGAUAGACAGCAUCAGAGUCUCUUCUAGAGAGAUCACUGGGUAAAACAUCAGAGGUGUUUAUUUUUAUAGCUGACUGCAGAGAUUCCUCGGAAGCGUUAGGACAUGAAGAUAUAUGAACUUAGAUUAGCUUUCUUAUUCCUACCUAUUGUAACUGUAGUGGCCACCCCGAAUGGCUUUUGUGCAUACAGCAGGUCUUCUGAGAGGCCUUUUCAUGCAAUACUUCUUUCUUUUUCCAAGUGAUGACAACUGUACAGUACUACUUUAAAUUCCUUUGCUUUGAAAAGUCAAGUAUUUCUCAAGAAGCACAGCUGAGCUCUGGAAAGGAGGUGAAACUGCAUUUGGGUAAGGAAUAUGACGUCUUGGUUUUCCUUCAGAAAUGCGAAGGCUCUUUGAGUAGGUUGGGUUUUGUGUUUGGAAACAUGAGUGCCUUUACUUCUUUCCUUAUGAAAUAUACUUGCCAACUCAGAUGCCUUCUGAGCAAAGUACACGAGCAGAUUUGAAAUACAGAAACCAUAAAUGGAUCGCUCCAUAAAAUUUGUAGUAAGUCAGAAAUCUUUUUCUUUAAGUGCCAUAUCAAGUCACAUACGGCCUGCGAGACAUUCCACUGCAGGAAAUGUCGAGUAGUUUGCUGUUCCUUUUUUUUUUUUUUUU